AUUAUCGAUAGGUUUCCCAUCCCUACUUUUAAUCUAAUCAUCCAUAUUCGUAACAGAUUAGAUGGAUUGAGUUUAACUGCAAAAAUACGGUUUGAAUGCAAAAACUAAUUCGUGGAGCAACGUAUGCUAUUCAGCACAUCAUAAUUGUUUACAGUAAAUACGAUUGCAGCAAUGAGGAACUGUUUCAUUCCUAAAUGUGAUCUUAUCAACAAGCACAACCCGAAACGAGCUAUGUUCAACGUUCCAAUUAAGGAUCCUAUUUUAUUUGCUCAAUGGCAGGCAGUCCUUCCGAAACAUCGACCUUUAAAAGAAUUCGAUAGGAUAUGUGAAAAUCAUUUUGCUGAAGAGGAUAUAUUACGGUGCUGGGAGCAUACAAUCAAUGGCAAGGUAGAACGAAUGGAACGAAAAAAAACAGCGCUGAAAGCUAAUGCCAUACCAGUCUAUGUUGAUUCAGUUUCUGUAGACGAUAAAUCAACUGAUUCGUUUUUGAAAAGUUCAGUUUCUAAUAAGCAGUUUCAAAUAUUAACAGAGGCACCACAAACAAAGAAGGUCAAAAUUUUCCAAUCGGAUAUGGACACAUGCGCUGUGAGAGAUGAUGCGGUUGAAUUAGCAUCACAGACUAUCCCCGGUCCGACAAACGAUCAAAAAGAUGAGCACAAUACUAUUAUUGAAGUAGAACAAUUAGUGCACCCUGAAUUUGAACUGCUCUAUGAUGAUGUGUAUGAGGUCGAGUUGCCCUCAAUGCUUUGGGGCAUUCACAGGGAUACAGAGAAAACUUUCAUCUGUUUCACUGAGUUUUGUAAGGAAACCAUGAAUAUUAGAAAAUAUCUGUUCAUCGAUCAACAUUUACAGUACAGAAUGGCAGUUGGACAGAGAAUAAUGAAAAAAGGAACACUUUUAGGGGUUUGCACAACCAACAUUUCAAACCUGCUUGUUGAAUUGGAAGACAUUCAAGUCCGUAAAGUAAUUGUUAAAGGAAGUUCUUCAGUGCUGAAAGAAUCUUGAUUUUCACUCUUAUACAAUUAAACAACUCUUGUAUUUGUGUUUGGACCUAUUUUACAACCAAGAAUCUGAUUUAAUGAGCUUCACUUUGUUGCAAUUUUUCCAAUUCCAGUUGUUUCAUAUAAGCAAGGAAAAUGGUCCACAGAAGACUACACAUACUUACAAAGGGAACACGGUUUUUUUCCGGUAUAACUGCAAAGUUAAAAGUUUGCAAUAAUGGCCAAAUGCAUAGUGCGACCUAAAAUCAAAAAUAAGAGUCUACUGUUAGCAGACACCGAUACUGACGUUACACUUAUUCAUACCUUAUAUGUUGGAGGAACUUUUGCUUUUACUUCGUUGAACGCUUCUUCUACAGUUUUAGAUUCCAAUAAGCUCAUGCCGAAAUAAAAACACGUCAUCGCCAUCGGAGUAUAACUCACUUGUUCAGUUAAUGCCUAACAAAGAUUAUCUAUUUGAUUCAAGUCUAUGCAGAAUAACAUUCAAAGACCAAACCUUUGCUAUAGCCGAUUUGAGAUUUUGCGCCGGCCACAUAAUUGAAGCUAAUCGAAUCCAGCAAUAUAGAGACGGAGCAACAAUGAAGCCACCGUAUAUAAAAAACCGAAAACAUUUGUGCCAAUCGUAGUGUCCUGUAUUGGUAUAUUGAAUCAAAUGUAUUCGACAUUCAAAAUGACGUUGAAAUAAGUAUUAUCGUAACUAAAGCAAUGUUCUUUUUUUCUGUACAGAUUCUGAAUUGAAAAAUAUUUCUACCUGAUUAUAUUAGGAAUAAAAUAUGAUCUCGAAUCAUCCACCAUCAUGUGAGAAAUUCCAAAAUAGUAAUUCAA